GAAUCUUAGAAGUUGAACUUUCCCGCUCUGUGACUUUGUUUGCCUCUUCAACUAAACGCAACAAUGUUCAGGACUGCGGCGCGAAGCAUUGCCGCUUCUGCAUGGCGCAAUGCAGAGAGCUUUAGUCAAAUAGAGGCAGCACACCAAACUGCAAUUAACAUUUCAAAGGCACAAGGCAUUGGUCAGCGGGGCUUCAUUGACGCAAUUGGAAAGACACCCCUCAUCCGUCUCAAGCGCCUCUCCGAGGAAACUGGCUGCAACGUGCUGGGAAAAGCCGAAUUCCAAAACCCCGGUGGCUCAGUCAAAGACCGCGCAGCCCUCUUCGUCGUCGAGAAUGCCGAACGUCAAGGCCUCCUUAAGCCCGGUGGUACCGUCAUCGAAGGCACAGCCGGAAACACUGGCAUUGGUCUUGCGCAUGUUUGCCGCUCAAAAGGCUACCGACUAGUUAUCUACAUGCCAAACACGCAGUCGCAAGGCAAGAUUGAUUUACUGCGAUUGCUCGGCGCUGAAGUCUACCCCGUACCGGCCGUCGCAUUCGAUAACCCGGAGAACUACAACCACCAGGCGAAGCGACAUGCGGAGAGACUAGAGAAUGCUGUCUGGACGAACCAGUUCGAUAACGUGGCGAAUCGCCAGGCGCAUAUUGAGACUACAGGCCCGGAGAUUUGGCAUCAGACGGGAGGGAAGCUGGAUGCUUUUACCUGUGCGACGGGCACCGGAGGCUCGCUCGCUGGUAGUGGUGGUAAGCUCCAAGAGAGAGCUGGAGGUUCCAUCACAGAGGGUAUCGGUCAGGGUCGCGUAACAGAGAAUUUGAAGCCAGACAUUGACCUCCUGGACGGCUCAUUGCACAUCAGUGACGAGAAGACCAUUGAGAUGGUAUACAGGUGUCUGGAUGAGGAGGGUCUUUACCUCGGAGCUAGCUCAUGCUUGAACGUCGUUGCCGCCAAGGAGGUAGCUGAGAAGAUGGGCAAGGGAUCGACCGUCGUUACACUGCUAUGUGAUGGCGCGUACAGGUAUGCCGAUCGCCUAUUCUCGAAGAAGUGGCUCGAGCAGAAGAAGCUGUACGACGCGAUACCCGAGCGGUUACGAAGGUACAUUGUUCUAGAAUAGAUCACCAACAUAUGCAGUAUACAAAGUUCAAAUAUACAGUAAUCAUCUAAACAUCUAUUCGCGAUCGCCUGUACAAAGUAUAGAUCUACAUCCCAUCUACAUAGAAAGACCUUUGCCAACUAAAGCCCUACUCUAGAUCAUGGGACUCCCACUUGCAAACCCAUUUACCACAGCUGUCAUAAGCUGAUUCGCAAUAGCUGUCUUGGGUGGCAACCUCAAUCCACCUUCCUUGUAUUCAGACCCGGCCUCCUCGCCCAAUCCACUAGUACCUACCCUCAACGCUUCCCUCACUUCCUCCGCCGUAAACCACUUGGCAUCCUCAAGCUCAGCAUCAUGUCCUAAAUGAAUCGUCUCUCCCUCGGGAAUCGCCUGGCCCACAGCGCCAAUCAUCAAAUUGGCGGGAUACGGCCACGGCUGCGUAGAAUGAAUAACCACUCUUCCGAGAUGGAUACCAGACUCUUCCCAAACUUCGCGACGCACCGCCUCCUCCACGCUCUCUGCCGGUUCAAGGAACCCAGCGAGCGUAGAGUACCAGUACUGCGGCCAUCUCUUUUGCCGUCCUAGCAAAAUUCUCUUUCCAUCGGCAGACACUACAGCCAUGAUGACGGUGGGGUCUGUACGGGGGAAGCAGAGGUUUGAGAUUCCGGUUCUGGUAGCGCAAGGCGGGCGUUCACCCUGGUUGACUUCGGACGCAAUGUCUUUCGGAGGGCAUGUACGCUUAAAACCGGCGUUAACGGAGAGCGUUUUGUAGCCGCAGGAAGCGCAGUAGGGGUUUCGGGCAUUCCAGUCG